GAUAAAAGACCUGGGCCAAACCCGGCUGGGCUGCCCGGACUGGAUAAUUUUUCCUCAGGACCGGCGUGCCGCUGAUGGCGUUCUCCGUCGUCUUCUCCCCCUCCCAGAGCCCGCUUCCCUCCUUCCGCACUCGCUUCGAUCUCGCCAAAUCUCUCCCCGGACGAAGCAAUGACGCCCUUCGCCUCCCUCUCAGACCCCUGGGCCGCGUUCCCCUUCCUACGUCUCUCCGGGUUCGAUCUUCGGCUGCCGAUGGACCGAAGAAGGAUUCGGAUCAGAAGGGGGUGCAAGAUGAGGAGGUUGUGGAUCUGGGGGUCAGAGCAGCGUUGUCCGUGUUAAAAUUUUACAAAAGAGAGAUAUCACCACUGCUGCCACGAAGCUGUCGGUAUGUACCCACAUGCAGUGAGUACUCGAUGCAGGCAUAUAAGAGGUAUGGUGUUGUAAAGGGUACAAUCUUGACAGCUUGGCGUCUCUGCCGUUGCAACCCUCUUGGUGGUCAUGGAUUUGAUCCUCCAAGGUGGUUUGAUGAGGGAGAACCAUUGGAUCACUGAUAAAUAUUCUGCAGUAGUUGACAAAACAUUUGUAAGAUUGUAUGGACGCAAAUCUUUCUCAACUACUUUAUGUAUAAGAUUGUGUGGAUGCAAAUCUUUCUCAACUACUUCAUGUAUGAACCAAACACAUAGAAGAUCAUUUCAAUCUUCAGAACCAUAUUAUAUAUGAAGAACAAAGUUAGAAAAUGAGAUGAUGGCAUGGAUCUAGCCACCGACUGAGCAGGACAAGCAAACCACUUUCAUGAAAUAUUGAUAUAAUGGUGGACGGUCUAUUUCGCUAAUGGUCUUGCAAAUGCUGAUAGUAUGUGAUACUACUUAUGGGGACCUUAUCUCACCCGUUUAAUUAUUGGGACUCAAUGAUUGAUUGUUUAACACAAAAAAAAACAAAACAAAAAAAUUCCUGUGCUAUUCCUUCAGCAGUAAUUUGGUAACUUAUUCAGACUUUGUAUGCUUGUAUCUGAUACUAUGUUUCUGGCCAUGAGCCGCUUUAAUAUAAAAGCUGUAGUAGAUUUGUCAA